AUGGCUGCUGCUGGUGCCGCUGCCGCGGCCGAAAUGGAGCGGGCUGCCGCCGAAGCCACCAAGAUUGUUUCUUCGCUUUUAUAUUUGGGAGAUUCCGUCGAUGUCAAUACGGACAGCAGUCUUCGGUCUUGGCACCGCUCCAAUCUAUCUUUUGGAGAAGCGUACGCACUCUUGUGGCAACAGGACGAUCAGGGGGGCAGGAUCUCGCACAGCGAAGAUAGUAAUGCGCGGUUGAUGGCAGCCCAUUUGAUCGACUUGCUAUUUGCGGGUCGCGUCAAACUCUACUGGGGAUUCAAAACCAGUUUGCUCAAAGGGCAAUAUGGAAAGCUACGAUUGAUGAUUUCCUCUACAAACGGCGUCGAGGUGGCAGCGACGACCAAGUUGUUGCAACAUUUAGGAGGGUAUCAAGACGAACGUCGGGCGUCGGGGAAGAAUCCAAUUUCCUUGAACGAUUUCAUUUUGUUGCAUAUUGGAGAUGCCAACUUUGAAAAGCGCAAGGGUAUUGGUUACGAGCUAGAAAAGGAGACGUUUGGGGAAUUGAUCUCUCGUGGCAUUCUCACGGAAGAAAAGAAAAAAUCGUGGGUCUUUUUCCAGAAAACCGUCUACCCAACCAGCGAUCCGACUCCGGAAGCCAUGCUGGUGCAGGAUCUGAGGGCUGUUUUAAAGGGAGACAUGCCGUCCACUCCUCAGUUGGAAAUCCUAUUGAAGCUCAUUUCCAGAACCACCAAAGUGUUCACUGCCGAGGAGGAAGCAGCGGAUAAGGAACUACAAAAACGACGAAAGGCGUUCAAGCAUGACGACGCGUUUACUCUUGUGGAACAAGAAAGGCAGCCAGUCGAGGGCCGUGUUACUGGUUACAACACUUCGCCCUUUAGUGCUACCCAAGAACUUUCGGUAAGAUUAGUGGUGGAUCAAGCAGAGCUUUGUUAG